CUUCAGAAAGCUUUCAAUUUUGCCAAAGACCUGACCACGAGCAUAGUUCAAUGUUGUACUAACUUCAGUUUUCUGUGUUUGAAGCCUAUCGCUUUGAAAGCUCUGGAUUCCAGUCGUUGACACAGGAGUAAGCACUAAAAAAAUACGAACUGAAACUUUACGGAACUAGGGCAAAAACAGUAGUAAUUUUGGGCCCAUUGUGACAGAAACUCCCGAAAGUCGAGCGUCGGAGUUCUUGCAAGAUAGCACUCUGGCUCGCUAACAACAACAGCAAGAUAGCACUCAGCCCGUUCUGUAUCUCUUCGUGCCUGCCAGACCUCGCUGUAUAAGUGACAGAUAAAACGUCCCUAUCCUGUGGUCAUCUCGGAUGCUGGUGACCUUUAUGUGUUUUUGGGGCAUCACUAUCGUCAUCUUCCUCCGGUACAACAUGAGUAUGGCCAUCGUGUGCAUGGUCAAUCACACAGCUGUCAAUGCACAAAACCUACAUCUACAAGAUCUUGCAGACAACGGACAUCAAGACCUAUCAAAUAUGACGCGAGUUGGUUACGUUACCAGUGCAGAAGUCAAUGUUUUAGUCAAUUCUAUGAACAACCAAACCUUAAGACGAUCUGCGUGUGGGACCAGCUCCAACGAACAGACUACAGAAGACACUGAGGACGGCCCCCUGCUGUGGUCAAAAGACACCCAGGGACUAGUCCUGAGCGCUUACUUCUGGGGCUACGUGGGUCUCCAGCUCGUGUCUGGCUGGGUAGUAGGGCGUGUGGGCAGCCGUUACACUCUGGGGCUGAGCAUCCUGGCAGCAUCUGUAGCCUGCGUCUUCAUUCCCGUGACUGCUAUGCACAGUGCAGUGGGUACCAUGGUGCUCAGGGUCUUCAUAGGAUUUGUCAGCUCACUGAAGAUGCCCUUGGGUAAAAUCCUCACGUCCAUGCCGGUGUAUGCAAUCAUAGUCUCUGGGUUUACUGUUGAUUUCAGCGGGAUGCUGUUCUAUCUGUAUAUACCAUUGUAUCUCUCUGAAGUCAUGUUCUUCGAUGUGUCAUCGAAUGGGCUUACAGCUUCGCUGCCCUUCAUUUUCCAGUUUAUUCUACAAAUCGUCACUGGAAGCAUUGCUGAUGCAGUUGUUCAAAGGACACAGUUAUCUAUUUCCAUAGCCAGGAAACUGUUUGAUGCUGUUGGGAAAAUAAUUUGCAUCAUUUCGCUUGUGGCAAUUGGCUUCGUUGAUUGCAGCCAACCAGUCGUAGCAGUCGUGUUAAUCAUCAUCAGCCUGUCUUCCAUCGGUAUUCAGAACUGCGGGUAUUACGUAAACCCUCUAGACAUCGCACCACCUUACUCAGGAUUUAUCAUCGCUCUAGCCAAUACAUUUGGGGCAUUCUGUGGCUUUAUUACUCCUCCAAUUGUGGGUGCUAUCACCGGGUCGAAUCCCUCACGUGAGACGUGGCAGAUCGUCUUUCUCGUGUCUGCUGGGGUCGUGGCCUUUGGAUGUAUCUUCUACACCAUCUUCGCUUCUGGGAACAUUCAGCCAUGGGCACAAGCUGACCUCAAGAUACCUAAGGUCAUGGAAAUACACUUAGAGGACAAUGGCCUGCUUUUGGACAAGACAGAUUUCGGUUCUAACAGACGAGAGAGCCAGACAGAGAAAGUGGAGAACGGAGGCAGACGGGACAUGAGCAAGUCACUUUUAAUUCAAAAGACUUCUGGAUCACCAGUAGAAAGUGUUCAGAUGCGUCGAGAAUAGCUAUUCUUUUGCCAGUUGUGGUUUACAACAAAGAAUAUUUAUUGAGGGGGGGGGGGGGGG